CUCUCCAAGUUUGGGAAGGUGUCCGGAAGGGUUUUCUGAGAUUACUUCUCUGAGCAUGAACGGAAGUCACCCUUUGAGCCUUCUGCGGGGAUUUUAAUGAUAGGUGCCAUAUUCAGGACAGAGUAACCUAUUUCCAUUCUGUUCUUCCCGCUGCACCCUCAAGCGGGUUACCUGCUGACAAGAAAAUAAAGACAGCAUUCAGAGAAGUCUUAAGGCAACCUUACGCCUCAUCUUCCCAUAGUAAAGAUGGCGGCGCGCUGAGUGCAAACUGCCGGCAACACCACUUCCGUGUUUCUCUUGUGCUUUGGUCCAAGAUGGCGGACGAAGCCACUCGGCGUGUGGUGUCUGAGAUCCCGGUGCUGAAGACUAACGCUGGACCCCGAGAUCGGGAGUUGUGGGUGCAGCGACUGAAGGAGGAAUAUCAAUCUCUUAUCCGGUAUGUGGAGAACAACAAGAAUGCAGACAAUGAUUGGUUCCGACUGGAGUCCAACAAGGAAGGGACUCGGUGGUUUGGAAAAUGCUGGUACAUCCAUGACCUCCUCAAAUAUGAGUUUGACAUCGAGUUUGACAUUCCUAUCACAUAUCCUACUACUGCUCCAGAAAUUGCAGUCCCUGAACUGGAUGGAAAGACAGCAAAGAUGUACAGGGGUGGCAAAAUAUGCCUGACUGAUCACUUCAAACCUUUGUGGGCCAGGAACGUGCCCAAGUUUGGACUAGCUCAUCUCAUGGCUCUGGGGCUGGGUCCAUGGCUGGCAGUGGAAAUCCCUGAUCUGAUUCAGAAGGGCGUGAUCCAGCACAAAGAGAAAUGCAGCCAAUGAAGGAUCAAGCCACUGAGGCAGGGCAGAGGGACCUUUGAUAGGCUACAUUCCUGUUUUCCUGUGCAUCUUAUCUGCUUCCCUCCACCCUUAGUUGUUACUAAGUAGCUACAGAAGGCAUUGCUGGAAAGAAAAACAACAACAACAACAAAACCACCCAACAGUAUUGCUACUGAGUUUCUAAGGCUGCACAGGAAAGAGAAGGACUGGGCCUUGGAAACCAAGAGGCAAUUUGUAUCCUCUCCCCAGGUGGAGCUAUGUGAGAUCUGGAGGCAUAGGGGGUAACUGAAAGUGAGUACAUAGCCUUUCUGGUUUCUGGAGAUAACCCAUCAAUAAAAGCUGCUUCCUCUG